UCAGCUGAAUCGAAAGAGAGCACAGAUAGCGCAGGACUGCAGAAGGGACAAGGCUGGAAUGAGACAUAAACAAGUAUUGUGAGAUUGAACUUUGUUCUCACAGUUUUAUGUAAUUAAAGAUCAAAGUUCGACGGUUAAAUAAUUUAAGAUGGAAAGUGAGAAUUCUGUCGCAAGACUCAACGAGUACGCACAUAAAAAAAGAUGUACUCUGGACUACAGGGAGUCUCCACCUGAUGGCCCAGACCACUGCAAAACAUUCACCCAGAGGGUAGUCCUGAAUGGUAAAGACUAUCCUGAAGGUGUGGGGAAGACGAAAAAGGAAGCCAAGAAAGAUGCUGCUAAAAAUGCCCUGAGAGUCUUGUCAGAGGGCACACAUCAGACUGCAGAUGAUAAUUACAACCCUACAUCAGCUCAACAAAAAAAGGAACUAAACCAAAAUGAUUCUGAUAUCUGUAAUAAGACAAGAAGCCUCAGUGUCAACUCUCAGGACAACAGCUCUAAACAUAAUUUCAUUGGAUUGGUUAACCACUACUGUCAGACAAAAAAACUCUGCCAUUCAUUCGUUGAAGUGAAGAGAGACGGUCCAGCUCAUAUUCCUCAAUUCUUCUACAGAUUAAUAAUAGACGACAAGGAGUACCCUGUGGCUGAGGGUAGGAGUGCCAAAGAAGCCCGACAAAAUGCAGCUCGACUUACCUGGUCUGCUCUUAAAGAACAGACAGAUUGGGACAGCAAGGUGUCUGUCAGAUCAACACUGUCGGAGGAUGGUGCACCGCCAUCAUCAUCAUCAUCAUCAUCAUCAACUCCACUGGAGUCCCAUGAGGCAUCAUCACAAAGAACGUCAGCGAGUACAAGUUGUUCAAUACAAUUCACAGAUACAUCCAACCCUUCCAGAGCUCAGAUGCCCUUAGGGUCUGAAAAUGGUGCACCAUCCAGGUUGUCGACUUCACUGAAGUCUCUUGAAUCAUCACAAAGCAUGUCCUCGGGCUCUGAAAUAUUCACAGAUUCAUCAAACUCUUCCAAUGAUCAGCAUGCUGUCAAAAAGAAGACAUCCACCCCGUCAAGGUUUACUUCAGACUUUGAUCCCAUUGAGUAUCUUGGCAGUGGAGCCUACGGUUCGGUUUACAAAGCAAGGCGUAAACUAGAGGAGAAGUAUUAUGCUGUAAAGAUUGUACGCAGUGACAAGAAAGCUUUUCGAGAGGUGGGGACAUUAUCAGACCUCCUCCACCAUAAUGUCAUAAGAUACUUCAAUUGUUGGAUCGAGGAUACAAGAUACGAAGACGGCACCUCAGCUGGAAGCUCAGCUGGCGGUUACAGCGAUGCCCAGUCUACAGAUGAUCCAUCUGUAAAGUACCUCUAUAUUCAGAUGGAGUUAUGCAAAAGGAAAACACUUAAGGAAUGGAUUAAUGAGAAGAACACUCAGUCUCCGCAAGACACAAAGAGAAGACAAGAAAGUCUAACCAUUGCUCAGCAAAUAGUCAGUGGAGUUGAAUAUAUUCACUCAAGGCGGCACAUCCACAGAGACCUAAAGCCUGACAACAUCCUGUUUGGACUGGAUGAUAAAGAAGUGAAGAUUGGUGACUUUGGUCUGGUCACCAGAGAUGAUGACGCUUUGAUGGACAGAACAGAGAACAGAGGAACCAGAUCGUACAUGGCCCCUGAACAAGUGGGGAAGACAUAUGAUCGAAAAGUGGACAUAUUUGCUCUGGGGUUGAUAUACUUGGAACUCCUGUGGAAAGUCUCUUCUGGCCAUGAAAGAGGAGAGGUUUUACAACAUGCAAGAAAACAGAUUCUCCCGACAGACUUUUCACGGGCCUUCCAAGAAGAGAACCUAAUCAUCAAGAAAAUGCUGCAUGAGAAGCCAGAGGUGCGACCUCAAGCAAGUGAUCUGAAGGAACAGCUGGACAAGUUGGCUCAGACAGAAAAUGAGCCUCAGAAAAGGGCAACUGUGUGAUUAUCACAACGAAUUGUGACAAGUCUUAUGAGGGUAAUGAGAUCUGUCUGUCAUCUGAUGAACAUAUUUGAUAUACUGUUUAGGUGAUGUUAUUAAUAUUUAUUGACGGAUGGUUAAUGUACUGCACUUAAACAGUGAUUUAUCUGAACUUCAACUUAGCACUGUCCUGUAUGCACUUACAGGAGUUCAAAUCAUUUACCAUGCAAAUUAAAAAUGAUGGGUCUAAUAAUCAAAGAUUGGAAUGGGAAAUCCAAUUGUAUCAUCAUUUUAGUAACUCACAUAUUUCACAUCUGUCCAGCUGUUUUAAAUAAUCAUGUGCUGGUUAUUUCUGUGUCAACAGUUGACAUUGUAUUCAAUGCUGGGAUGGUCAAAUGUAUGUAUUACAUCUUUUGUUUUGUACUAAAUAUGUUAAGUUUGAGAAUAAAAUAAUGGUAAAAAAUA